CGUUUUGAGAAAGUUGAACCUUUCACACCAGUUCUGUUUUCAUUUGUAUUCCAUGGAAAACACAUUUUCUAGUUCUUAGAUCGACUAUUACUGAUAAAGGAGAAAGAGUUUUGCAAGCCAUGUUUUGCUAUAGAGGCGGAGAACGAGGAGGAGUAAAAGAAAGAGAGAAAGGCAAUAAUGUGCACAGACUCUUGACCGGAAUGAACAGUUUCUCACCGAGACAGACGGAGUGAAUGUGGAUUUUAAAAUCGCUGUUCCAUAACCUCUCCCCCAGCGAUUGUUUUUUUGCAUCCCUGUUAGAUUUAAGGAAUUUGUCAUUAUGGUGAUUAAAGUUUACAUCGCAUCAUCCUCCGGAUCAACAUCGAUCAAGAAACAGCAACAGGAUGUCAUGGGCUUCUUGGCAGCCAAUAAGAUUGAGUUUGAGGAAUGUGACAUUGCAGCUGAUGAAGACAACAGAAAAUGGAUGCGGGAAAAUGUUCCAGAGGAUUUCCGACCAGCCACAGGGAACCCUUUACCACCUCAGAUCUUCAAUGAAGAGAAAUAUUGUGGGAACUAUGAGGCAUUUUUCUAUGCCCGUGAAGACAAUGCUGUGUAUGCGUUUCUUGGCUUGACUGCGCCCCCAGGUUCAAAGGAAGCAGAAGCUCUGUCUAAGAAAAUGCAGAUGUAAUCUAGAGAAUCCGUUCCAGCACAGCUGCUGAACUCCUGCACUUUCUGAUUUCGGAUGAUUUUCUUUUCUUUUUCUUAUCUGUUCAUUUCUUUCUUUAUCUCUUUCUUUCUUUCUUUCUUUUUUUUUGCAUCCAUGAAAUUAUACGAUGAGAUGGAAUUAUUUGUACCCUCAAAAGCCCAUUAUUAAUUCACUGUUAUCUGGCUAUUCAAGUUAAAUUCUAGUCCUCCAAAUACACAAGCAAAGAUUUUUCAAGAUUUGACAGUUAAGUAGACCGCUAUGUUUGUACUUGAAUGUUCUUGAUUAUUUAUAUGGUUCAAGUUCCAUUCAAUCAACAUCCAUAUAUUGCAAUGAUAGUUUCCUUUUUUUUUUUUUUUUUUUACUAAUUGAUUUAUGUGUAUGUUUCAUACUGCAUGUUUUGCCUCAAGUAUCCUUAAUGUCUUAAUAGAGUACCUUCUAUUAUAAAAUAUAACAGGCCUCCCACUUGCAACAGCGCUAGUCAUAUUUUCAAAUCCUCAUGUUUCAUUACAGUUGUACAUAUUUUCUUUUCUAAGAUCAUUGUAACACGUAAUAAGAACAUUUGAUUUUUGAUAUGAAUGUAUUCUGUAGUGAAUCUUUUUAGAGCUACAGUAAUUUGGCAGUCUCUACCAUGGUAAGGCCUUUGUUUACAUUAUUACAUGGCUGUAUUGUACAAUGCCUGUAUUUUAUACAACAGUUAUCUGCCAUCUGUCUCUCUCCAUCUGAUGCAUGUCUGAUUUCAGUUUUUACCAUCACUUUGGCGCUAAUUUCAGAAUCUUGAUGUCAGUUUUCAAAGCUCUAGACAUAAAACUCAAAACAGUCUUCAGCUGUAACAGGCCGUCUAAUAUUCACAACAUUGCAUUGCGCAUUCAUUUCUUUAAAGAUGCCUUACACUUGCAGAAUCAUUUGUUUAUCAUCAUGAAAUACUAUAGGAACAUUACUGUUUUUCUCGAUUGCUAACACAGUUAUACAAACCUCAAACUGUCACGUCAAAAUCAAAUAUUUUAGUCAAAAAUAUAUUAGAAUCAAUAAACAUAAUAGAAUCAAACUUUGGCCUCAAAUGACACCUAGCAAAUACACAAUAAGUAACUAGUUUACACUUCAGUGUCUAUUACAGUAUACAACAUAAAUGAAAGAGUUCAGGUACUAUAAAAUACAACAAUGAGCUUUGGGUAAAAAUAAUUUCAUUACACUAAUGUAAAGUGAUUUUACAGUAUAUGAAAAACACUGGAGAAGAAAAUGUAAAAUACAAAAGUAUUGAAUAUGAACUCGGUAUGCAACACAACACAGUAAACUGUGAAUUACAGCACAGUAAAAAAUAAAUGAAUAAAUAAAUUCAGCAUCCUCUGCACCUUCUGCCAAAUUUCAUUACAGAAUACAUAGCAGUUUCUUGAAAUUCUGACAAAAGACUUUCUCUGCCUCCCUUAGGAAGUCGUCUCUGAGUUCUGCAAAAAUGCAGGACAUGUAAAAAAUGUGUUGAACGUCUGGAGAAAUGUGUCUUUGUUAUGAGAACUGAAUGAAUGGUUUGGGAAAUUGUGCCAACUGAAUCAGUUACAGUGUGUUCGCAAUCAAGAAAACCUCUAAUUCAUAUCAUCCACACACAAGAUACUGAUAGUUGUUUGUACAAUCAUUUAACAUUGUUGUGCAAUAUAUAUAUGAUAGAUAUUUCAUAAUGGUACUACACAUAAAUACAUCAUUGUAAAAGAAUUAGUAGAGAGAAUAUUAGAGAAUAUUACAGUAUUGAUGAAAUACAAUCAAGUCACAACAUCGGUUAAAUAUCCUUGAAUCAAAGAAAAAAUAUUACAAAAUUUUUAUUAUUUUGUACUUAAGUACAAUAAAAAUUCAACUGCAGUGUUCCUCACAUGGCUUACUGUAAAAAACAAAAUUGAUAACUGUAAUCUGUUGGUUACACAUACCUACAUCUAUUGAAGCUGUAUCUAUAGAAAUCUAUCGAACUACCAAAUGAUUGAUUGAUUGAUUGAUUAACCUUUAAAAUCAGUUGGAUUAAAUGGACAAAUUAUUAAACUGAACGAGAAGAGAUUCAAAUAAAAUUUUUGAUAUAAUUACUGUAGUAUUAUGAAAGGCAGUUACUGUGAAUGAAAAGUAAUAUAGAUGAACCACGUAUUUUCUGCUGAUACUUUGCGAUUUUGUACUAACAUAAUUGACAUAAAUAUGCUCAAAUCAAAGUGUAUAUCUGAUUAUCUGUUGUGGUGUGACUGAGUUUUAAAAAAAUACUACUUGUUUGUGAAAGUAGUACCAAAGUGAUGUAAAACGUCAAUGUCAGUGGAAGAAAAUGAGAAUGGUUUUGUUAUUUUCAGUUAGUUGUCUUUAUAAUUGCAGACUAAUGUAUAGUACACAGAAUACUGCAUACAGAUAAAAAAAAAAAUGUAUAUGGUACAAUGCAUAAUAUACAAAAAUAAAUGUUUUAAACUAAA